AAGCCUUGUCACUUCUUGCAACUUUUCCUCCAAUGAAACUUUGCGCUUAGACAACGUCACUUCCGCACUGCUAUUCCUGGUUAUGCAACUUGAAGCGGCGGGAAUCUUUUUGAGGCUUAGUAGAUGCUCAUUCUGGCAUUCAGUUAUAUAAGUGGGAGAGUGUUGCAUAAGGAGAGGCUUUGCCUGAGAGGAGAACGCAGGACCGCGCCGCAAUGAGUUCAGACAUGGAGAGCAAGAAAGCGACAGCGCAGAUAGAGCAGGAAACUACACCUAAAGACAGUCGGGUUCCUGAGGGUUUACGUCGUAGUACCCGCCGUACCCAUGCUGUUAUGCAUUCUCCUAAUAAAGCAUGUGUUGCGCCCAAUCGUCCACAGAAACGCACUCUAGAGACGGACAAGCUUGAAGAUGGUACACCUACUAAGAGAUCACGUCUCCCAAAAGAACAGUCCUCAACAAGAAAACACCCCAUUGUUUUGCUGUCUCAAGUGAGACCUGAAAAUCAGAAGACAGAAACAGACACUCUUCCUGCGCCAAAGAAAAAUUAUAAACAAAACCCCGAACAGGUUACAGAACUGUCAGAAUAUGAACUUGAAAGGUUGAACAACAUUAAAGAAAAUGCAAAGUUUCUGGCAUCACUAAAAUUACUUGAGACUGCCUCAAGUCUUAGUUCACCCCCAAAGAAAUCAAAUCAGACCCGUGGUAUUAAAAGGGAGAAGCAGACUAAGGUGCAACAGGAACCAAUAAAACGUCGGUCAAUGAGACUGCAGCGAAUUGACCCCUCAGGAGCACCACUUCCCAGUGUCAUACAGCAGCCAGAGCCAAUAUUGGAAGAGCAUCCAGUCAAGCCUCCAGGACCAUUGGAGAUGGUUCCAACUAACCUUAAAAAAGACUGUAGAUCUUUUGAGGAGUUUCUAAAGACCUGGGCAUCCAUCAGCAAGGAAAAUGUUAGAAGCUUGAAAAAACAACCAAGCGAGGACCUGAAAAGGUAUAUGGACAAUUUAAAGACCAUGACCCUAAGGGAAGAAGGUGUAGCAAAGGUUGUUCAGAACCGUAUAUUCUCAGUGGCCAUACAUCCGUCAGAAAGCAGAACCAUUGUGGCAGCUGGAGACAAGUGGGGACAAGUUGGCCUGUGGGAUUUGGCAGACCAGUCUGGUGAUAAUGGAGUCUAUGUGUUUGAACCUCAUUCUCGACCAGUAAGCUGUAUGUCCUUCUCACCAGUUAACAGUGCGCAGCUCUUUUCACUUAGUUAUGAUGGCACAGUGCGCCGUGGUGAUGUCUGUCACACAGUCUUUGAUGAGGUUUAUCGCGAUGAACAGGACAGUUUCUCCGCAUUUGACUUUCUCUCAGCUGACUGCUCCGUCUUGCUUGUUAGUCAGUGGGAUUCCUGCCUCUCUGUAGUGGACUGCAGAACACCAGGAAAAUCCUGCGAACAAAAAGUAUUUCUAAACAUGAGGAGUGCCCGCACUAUAAGUGUACAUCCUGUGAACAGAGACCUGUGUGUUGUAGCAGGAGCUGGAGAUGUUUGUAUCUUUGAUGUGAGGAAGUUGAAGCAAAAAGCCCAGCCUGUUUUGUCAUUAGCUGGACAUAGUAAAAGCGUGGCAUCUGCGUACUUUUCUCCUGUUACUGGAAACCGCAUACUGACUACUUGUGCUGAUGACUAUAUCAGAGUGUAUGAUAGCAGCAGCUUGAGCUCUGCAGCUCCUCUUCUCACUGCACUAAGGCACAAUAAUAACACUGGCCGCUGGCUAACACGUUUCCGAGCUGUGUGGGACCCCAAACAAGAGAGUUGCUUUGUAGUGGGGAGCAUGGCAAGACCCAGACAGAUUGAGGUUUACAAUGAGAGUGGAAAGUUGGUACAUUCUUUCUGGGACUCUGAACACCUUGGCUCUGUGUGCUCCAUUAAUGCCAUGCAUCCUACUAGAAAUCUGGUGGUAGGAGGAAACUCCAGUGGGAGGCUGCAUGUGUUCCAUGACUGAUUACAGUCACCACAGUGACUUAAAACUUUAUCUUCAUUCCAUCGACUUCAAACAUUAAAGGGAAGUGCCUGUGAAUAUAGUUAAAGGGACUGCCAUUAAAAUAUUCAAACCUCUGUAAAGGUCAAGCUAUAAGGACAAAUUCCUCCUAAAAGCAUUGUUUGUUAAUGACUGUAUUAUAAUUUUAUCUGCUGAAGAAACAUAAUAGUAUUAAAUACAAAAACUUGUUUUUGGGUUUGUUGUUUAAAUAUGUAUGGAAACCCCCAUAGUGCCAGGAAUGUAUCUGGAGCAAUGGGUAUGUUGCUUCAAUAAUAUAAAUAACAAUGGAGACAGCUUCAAUUUCUAAAUAUCCUCUAAAUCAAACUGUGUAUGUGGAUAAUUGUAUAUGCAUUUGUGUUUCUGUAUUAAGUGACUUUUACAAAAUGUGCACUUUUAGCUUAAGAAAGCAUAAUAUGACAUGCAAAUUGCACAUGAUGCAAAAGGAAGGUGCAUGUUAAGGAGUCAAGUUAUUAUUGUAGGUGGUCUACUUGCUACUUGGCAAUAUUCAAAUCUACUUGAAUGGGUUCUGCUUCCUCAGUGUGUCUGUCAGUCUGUUACCCCCCCCCCCCCCAUUCCCAGUGUGUUUAUGGUAGUGUUAUUCUUCCCACCAGUGUGUAUAUGGCAGUGUAAUAUAAUAACACCCAGUGUCUGUAUGGAAAGGUCAUUUUCUCUGCCUAGUAUUCUGUAUGGCAGUGUAAUUCUAUCUCUUCUUGUUGUUGGUCUGAAAAGGUUACUCUGUCUCCACACCCAGUGUCUGAAUGAUAGUGUUAUCUGUAUGGUAACUAACAUUGGGGCUGGAAACAGACUCGGACAUAGCAUCAGCUCGUGUUUUCUCAUUACUAUUGGUAGAAGAAGAAAAAAUGUGUCAUCUACACAGAGCAAGCACAAAUAGUAGAUGGAAUUCUGUACCUCUCAUUGGAGACCACCCAAUACAAAGAGCUGAAAAUAAAGAUGCACUACACGCCAUGUAUCACAAUACUGGUGUCAUGAUCUAAUAAUAUCAGGUAUGUAUAGUAGUGCAAAUCAAGGCAUACACUCAUCGCAUAUAGUGGUCAACAAAUGCUGUGCCAAGCAAGGAUGAUUAGACAUUUAUUAGACAUUUAUAAAAUACUGGAUUUUUAAGCCUUGGUGAGAAAGCAGAAAUAUUUUUAGGUAUGUGCUCUUAUCGAUAACAAUUUAUUGUCACAGGAAAACGUGGAUAUAGAUUGGCAUUCCCAUAGAUUCUCACAAUGAUUUUUAUGUGGCCCCAGAAUUUGUUGACUUUUCAAGUUAAUCAGCUGAGAACUUCAGGUAAAUUUGCAGUAUGUUUAGCCAUAGGUUAUAAUGGUAUUCAUCACCUCAUAGCUGCUUAUCACGUUUAGGUGUAAAACCUUGAGGGAAAGCUGAAAGUAAAAAAAAACCUUGAUAUUAAUAAAUAUAUUUAUGUUUAAAAUAUAUCUUUGCUUCAUGCUAAAUUUCCUCUCCCUAGUCUGGUAUAUUUUUAUCUGGAAAUAUCAUAGCUAUUUUUUUUUUUGUUGUACCUUUGUCCCUGUGUGUUUCUCCCUCUUGCUAUCCCCUAACAUGACUACAAAGACAGCGCUAGUCAUAAUUUGUU